AUGGCACUUGAACAUCGGAAAGCCUUUGAAAAGGAUCUUCUCAACCGUGCCAGGGUUUAUCCCAAAGUCCUCUACAGCUACAUAAGACAGAGCACGCGGAACAAAGACCCCAUCCCACUGCUGCGAACAGCCGAGGGAAUGAAAAUCUCCGAUGACAAGGAUAGGGCUGAACACCUCUCUCAGUUUUUCCGGUCCGUCGUGACAAGUGAACCUGAUUUUCUCUCCCCCAUUUGUGAAGACGAAGAAAAGCCUACCCUUGAAGCCGUAUUCUUCACCGAAGCAAUUGUUCGGAACGAGUUACUUAAUCUGAAAGAAUCGACCUCCCCAGGCCCUGAUGCAAUCCUCGCCAAGCUGCUGAAGGAGCUAGCUCCCGAAAUGUCCAAGCCAUUAGCCUUGAUCUUCCAAACAUCAUUUCUUACUGGAUGCCUACCCUCUGACUGGAAGUCCGCUACCAUCACUCCGUUUUUUAAGAGCGGAAGUCGUGCGUCUGCGAAUAACUACAGGCCAGUGAGUCUUACCUCCAUCCGUUGCAAAAUCAUGGAGAAGAUCAUUAAGAAGACCUUGAUGCAGUUCCUCGAGCAGCACCACCUCCUCUUUGAUGCACAACACGGCUUUCGAAGUGGUAGGUCCUGCCUCACGAAUCUGCUCUUUACGCUCGAACGCUGGACCAAAGCACGCGAUGAAGGUAGUGUGGUGCACGCCAUCUACAUCGAUUUCAAAAAAGCCUUCGACAGCGUUCCCCACCAACGUCUCUUGCACAAACUACGCAACGCUGGAAUUCGUGGACGCCUUCUUGUAUGGAUCCAGAGCUUUUUGGCUGGACGGUCCCAAAGAGUGCAGGUCGGGCGUCAACAGUCCUCAGAGGUAAGCGUGGUGAGUGGCGUCCCACAGGGCUCAGUCCUAGGUCCCACGUUAUUCCUCGUUUUCAUAAAUGACUGCGUCAAGGACCUAGACUGUGAUACCAUCCUGUUUGCCGACGACAUUAAAUUGUGGAAAGUUAUUCACAAUGCGGCAGACGCAGACCACCUGCAAGCAAACCUGAACAGACUCGAAGACUGGUCGUAG